ACAAAUAUAAACAAACUGUUAUCAUUGAUAAUUUUAAAUUAAUCCAACCGUAAUUUUAAUUUAAUAUAAAAUUUAACUUAUUGACGAUUUUUUAACAAAAUGCAUUCAUCAGAAUGGUUUGAAACCGACGAAUCCUUGUUAUUUUAUGAUGAUAAUAUAAUAUUAGAAGAAACCUCACAGGGCGUUUGGGAAGACUGCGUUGCACCCUCAAUUUUUAGUGUAGCUUAUUUUCUUAGCCAACUAGUCCUAGUGAAUUUUAUUUUUGCCCUUUUCGUUUCAACAGUGAGAUUAAAAAAGGAGUUAUUCCAUCUGCUAUCAGGAGUUUGCGGAUUGUACUUAAUAUAUCAACUAGAAUUUUACGAAGGCAAAUUGCUGUUAAUAUUAGUAUUUUCCUCAUCGUAUUUAGUUUUAAUCCUAAUCGAUUUGCUGCAAAAAGCUUUAAGUCUUCUGGGAAAGGAAAAGAUUCAUCGGACCAGCUACUUCAGUAGCUCUAAUAUAAUAAAAUACACCCUUAUAGUAAUUUUAGUAUUAUGUGAAUAUUUUUUAAUGAAUGCUGCGACCUGGUUGGAAAUCAGAGGUUUAGUGAUGGUGUUCAGCAUGAAACUUAUUUCGUUAGUCGACGAUAUGGAAAAAGACAUUGUCCAGUUUCCGAGCUUCUUCAAUUACUUCGGCUACAUUUUCUGCGGGGCCAACGUUAUUUUUGGACCGUGGAUUUCUUUCGACGAGUACAAUUUAAUGUACGACAAACCAACGAGGAAGAAUUUCAGGUGGAUGUUCUCCAUUGUCAGAACACUCGCGAUUUCGUUGUUUUUCCUGACUGUCUCUAACUGCUUCUGCAACUACGUAAUAGAUGGGGAGAUGCCGGUGUUCUUGCAGAGUUACAAAGAAGCAUUAUCGUUCAGAACGAGCCACUAUUUUGUGAGCUUCCUGUCUGAAGUUACAAUGCUCUCUGCCGGGUAUAAGAACAGCAAAAUAUGGAAUGAACCGGAUAAAUGGCGCUACGAGAUAGUCAAUCCAUUAAAAAUCGAAUACCCUACAGCUUUAGCAACAGUUGUGACGCAUUGGAAUAAACCUAUGCACGAUUUUUUAAAAAAAUAUGUUUACAGGUCGUGGUUACCAUUAGGAAAGUUCUACGCUAUUCUUGCCACGUUUGUAAUGUCGUCGUUCUUGCAUGGAUUUGAGUUGAAAGUUUCGGUCGUGUUGAUAACAAUUGGGAUAUUUUCGUACCUCCAAUUUGCUCUGCGAGAAUAUUUCGCUGGCGCUUUCGAUUGUUGCAUGAGGGUGCAUCCUUGUAAGGGAUGCUGCAAGCACAAGCAUAAGAGAGAAGCGUUGCUUUCCAUUUGUUUCAGAUUAUUAUUUACUCUCACUAAUGUCAUACAUUUGGUGUAUUUGGGGAUGCUGAUGGAUUCGAGUACAGAUGAAAUAGGGAUUAUCAAUAAAUGGAGGAGCCUAUAUUUUAUUAGUUUUUGGUUGAUGAGCAUAAAUGUGUCGAUAAUAUUACAAAUUUAA